AUGAGUUUGAACGUGCAAACCCAGUUUCUUGUCGUGGGUGCCGGACCGGCGGGACUCGGCCUUGCGUGCUUUCUCGGACAACAUGGUCUCGAGGGGCUUGUUAUUUCUAAGGCCUCUGGUACCGCGGACACCCCUAGGGCUCAUUCAUUCAAUCCGUUCGCUUUCGAAUGUCUGCGCGACCUGGGAAUUGAGCACGAAGCUCUUCAGCAAUCAGUCCGUGGUCGUGCGUUUCAGUCAAUGCGCUGGUCCCGAAGUAUGAUUGGCGAAGAAUAUGCAAAGGUCCUCGGGUGGGCUGAGCAUCCGUCCUGCAUCGGAAACGCGUUCGGCGUCACCCCGUGUGAGUAUGCUGAGUUCUCCCAGUCAGAAUUGGAGCCUCUCCUAGUGCGGUAUGCUUCUCAUCACAAUUUCGACGUCCGGUUCUCUACCGAGUUGGUGGGUGUGCAGGAGUUAGGACGUGAUGACGCGCAGGCAGGAUACAUCUGCACUAUCCGGGACAAUAUCUCCCACAGUACCUUCCAGAUCCGCACUCAAUACCUCUUUGGCGCAGAUGGGGCAAGAAGCCAGGUGGCACGGCUGCUGGACUUCAAGUAUAUCAGCAAGCCGAGCGGUGGCAAGGCCUGCAACAUUCUGAUCCAUGCGGAUCUGACAAGUCAUAUGCAUGAGGACCGCCACGCUGCACUUCACUGGAUCUUGAAGCCCGAUCGCUCUUCAUUCUUCGGUCUCGUGGCGCAUCUGCGUAUGGUCCGUCCCUGGAAUCGGUGGGUGCUGGUAGGCUUUGGUCCAAAUGGUAGUGACCCGUUUGAGGGGUUGACGUCUCAGAGUCCCGAGCUAAUUGAUUGCAUACGGGACCUUAUUGGAGAUCAAUCUGUUGAUAUCGAGAUUCUGCAAAUGGAUCACUGGACUGUGCGUGAAAGUAUCGCUGAGGCUUACUCCAUUGACGAUACUAAUGUUUUCCUCCUUGGCGAUGCCGCACAUCGCCAUCCGCCAGCAUUCGGCUUGGGGAGUAACACCUGUGUCCAAGAUGCAUACAAUCUCGCGUGGAAGGUUGCCUACGUAUCAAAGGGCCUUGCAGGCCAUCAGCUGUUGCACUCAUACAGCAAGGAGCGCCAACCUGUCGGUGCUAUGCUUGUUCGGGAGGCUAACAAUGGCCUUCACGCGCAAAAGGACGUCUGGCAAUCAGUAGGAAUGUUUGCUGCCACCCCGGAAGAAGGAGCAAAGCAAUUGGCCAAGCUGUCUGAAGCCAGUGAUGAAGGGGCGGCGUAUCGCGAGAAGAUCCAGAAUGCCAUGAAGCGUAUAGAGACUGAGCUCCAUAGUUGGGGUGCGGCAUACAAUCAAUGGUACGAAUCAGCAGCGGUCCAUCUCGCAGAUGAGGAGCACAGCAGGCCAGAAUUGGAAGGCAAUCCGAUCUUGCAAGUUCAGGUUACAACUUACCCCGGAAGUCGACUCCCUCACGCUUGGUUGGAUAUUCCUACCCGCCGCAACAAAAUUUCGACUCAUGAUCUAGCUGGAAAAGGCGCAUUUUGCCUAUUCACUGGGAUCGGGGGUGAGGGUUGGAAAGAGGCAGCCAAAAAUAUCACCAAUUCAACCGGAAUUCCCAUCAAUGCGUAUGGUAUCGGCUUCGGCCUCGACUACAGUGACGUGCAUCGGGACUGGCAUGACAACCGGGGGGUUGAAGAAAGCGGUUGUGUUCUCGUCAGGCCGGACAGAUUUGUUGCUUGGAGAUCUAAGAAAGUUGUCCCUGACUGUCAAGGCAAGCUGAUGCAUGUCUUGAACUCGAUUCUCUGCAGAGAGCAGGUUUGA